UUCUCUAGUGUCGCGUCAACUGCCGCUGGAGAGUCGUGUGCGUUACACCCUGUUAUCUCUAACCACCCCGUUUCGCGUGGCUCCGUCACGUUUUGUUGUCCGAAAACAAGUCACGUUCGCGGAAACGUCCGAUCUCAUCGCGAGUUUUGUGUCGUUGCCGUCGCUUCGCGUAGAUACGAAGUGUAAAUCCCAGCGAUCGUGCGAUCAUUUUGCGGAUGUCUUAUCGCUUGUCGAUGGUUCCCGCGAUCAUGCCGCGAACAUGACAGGGCAACGUGUCGUACGAAUCGUUACAACUGUCACGACGAUCCUUUUCUACGUUUGACUGUUGUUCGUCCUAAACGAGUCGAUGUAGUAAAGAAUAAAAUAGUGUCCGUUUGUGUCCAUGGCGAGUGUAUCUCUGUUCGUUCUUUGCUGUAAUUUUCCUACUUUCUACGAGCAUAGAAGGCAAUUGAAACGUGGCGAUUGAGCGAGUGCGUAGAGGUCUAUUCGGUCGAAUGUAUUCGAGCGAGCGUUUGAAUCCCUGUUUCGAUCGUGUUCAAGAUUUACAGUCUCACUGCCGGUUUGUUGCCGAUUUGUCGUAGAGUGCCUAGUCAGUGUACUCGAAGGAAUUCUGAUGAACGGUGUGUGAAGGGAGCAAUUCGGGAAAGUGCGUUUAGUAUGAAUUGGUGCAAAGUGCAGGCUGUCGUGUAUUCAGCGGAGACGUCGCCCGGCUGUGAAGGAAUGCUUGUAUCGGGCGCCGAAGCAUGAGGGACGUCGCAUCUUUAACGUAAUGAUGCAGAGAGCGGUGCUACUGCUCUGUUGGCUGCCGCUCCUCAACCACUGCCACGCCGUAAAUCCAGGUUGCUCUUGCGUCGUCUACAGCAGCUCGGACAAACCUCAAGGUGGCACGUUCACAUCCCCUUAUUAUCCCAAACGAUAUCCGUCAAAUAUCGAUUGCCUGCUUUACACGUUUAUCGGUCAACCCGACGAAAUUGUCAAGCUGACGUUUCAUCAUUUCAAUAUCCGUCGUAUUCGAUCCGACUGCGUGGGUGGUGACUUUCUAAAGGUGUUUCUACAUUUAGAGACCAACGGUGUUUCCGAAUACACCCCCUGGACUGGUGUACUCUGCGGCGAUCUACAUGACAUCCCGCAGGUUUUAUACAGUUCAAGAUCUACGCUUAUUUUAGAGCUUCACACACAGGGACCUCCAUCUAAUGCGACCGGCUUUUUUGGGAAUUUCCAAUUCAUCAACAGACGACUGUUCGAGACGGACGGCGUGUUGAUUCCUGGUACAAUGUGCGACCUCGAGUUUGUCAGUUCACAGUCAAAACGGCAAUACGGACGCUUCUACUCGCCACGGUACCCGUCCUCCUACCCAAAGAACAUCCGGUGCUCGUACCUCUUCCGAGCAAGAUUAAAGGAGAGGAUACGUUUAUUUUUCGAAGAAAUUUCUUUACAAAAAGGAGAUUUGAGUUGCCUGAAUAGAGCGGAUUUAAUCAGGGUGCACGACGGUACGGAUUCAGGGGCGCCCACAAUAGCUGUGCUCUGCAACCAAGGAACGGAAGUGGAAGUACUCAGCACCGGGUCAGACCUGUACGUCGAGUUCGUCGCUAAUUCCGAGUGGCCGGGCCAGGGUUUCAAGGCGAUGUUCCAAUUCCAGCCAUUGGACGAUGCGCCGCAUCCUGAGCCGGACAAGGUCGUCCCAGGGGCCGUUACCGGUAACCCCAAGCACUCGGUCAUCGGACCGGCUGUCAGCGCUACCACGUCACUGUGCGAUAUCGUUUUCAACAGUGACUCGACGAAAACAGGGAUAGUCAUGUCACCAGGAUAUCCGAAACCUUAUCCACCAAGGACGCACUGUACAUACGACUUCCAGGGACGGGGAAAGGAACGAGUCCAAGUGGUGUUCCAGGAUUUGAACUUGUAUCAUUCGCCGGUUGUAUCGGACACAGCGAACGAAUGCGAGGGCGUAGAUUCAUUAGUGGCGUACGUGCAUAUAGACAGGAAGAAGGAGAAGAUAGAUUCGUUUUGCAGUGGAAAGGCGGCACGGCCUAUCAUGAGUAACGGACCACGGCUUUCCUUGGAAUUUAACGGCAUCACAUCAUCUCGCCAAUCACGAGGUUUCAAAGCUGUGUAUUCCUUCAUAGAAAACUUCGGCGUAACGACAGGCCGACAGGAGGCGCAAUACCCCUGUGCAUUUGUUUACAACAGCAACGAGACACGGAACGGUACGUUCGCCUCGCCGAAUUACCCGGGCUUGUACCCACGCGACACGGAAUGUCAUUAUUUCUUCAAUGGCCAGCUAAACGAGCGGGUGCAUCUUCACUUCCACUUCUUCGACGUGGAGGGCGUGUCGCCGUGGAAUGGCGCUGGUGAUGCUGUUCGCGAGCCUGCUUCUCUUUGGCCGAGUUUCGCUUUAAUCACGAUCAGUAAGUUGGACGGGUCUUUGGCUCAAUUUACAACGAACUAUAACUUCGAAGACAGGAGCCAUCCAAAAUCCUCCAUUAUUCGUCGUACGAAGGAAAGUGGGUACACCGUUUGCAUCAGUGAAAUUGCCAAAGGGAUACCAAAGUCGAUCUCCCUCAAGAUACAUACAUACAGGACAUUAACCACUCGUUUAUUAAAUCUACGUCGCCGCACUAAUUCGCCACCGUUCAUUCUCCAUCGUUUUACUACGUGUAACUAUCACGGAAAAGAGUAUCGGCAAUAAGAGGAGAUCCGAACCUACCGAAGGAAGAUUCGCCAUGCGAAAUAACUAUGAAGUUUUAGAAGAGUGUACAAUGGUGCGUUGAUCAGAGAUACCGCGGUUUUCGUCUUAAUCCUCGAGUAAAUUUCCGAGCUUGGACUGAUCGGAAAAUUGAGUUUUUUCUUUGUUUUUGUUCGCGUGUUCUUAACCGAACGAUCUCUCAAUUUUCUAAAUUUCGAUUACCGUGGAAUUAAAAGUUGACAAAGAGUAUUCGAUAUCGAAUUUCAGUUAGACGGAUUCCAGUCCUUAGAAAAGUCUAAAUACGAUUUAUUUUUAACAAAUCGAUACGAUGGAUGGAAAUAUGAGAGAUUCGCAAAUAAAAAUAUUAUCGCGCUUGAUUAGUUGGAAAUGCGAGUAACGAGUUUCCCGGCCAAUCGAGCUUCACGAGCAACGUGAUUUUUUAUUAAAAAAUCAAAUUUAUCGCAUUAUUUCGAAUAUAGAUUUAAACGAUGAAAUAUAAUUCUUGAGAGACUCGCUGGAUCUCUCGCAACGAUCAGUUACUUUGCAUCUCUUAACAAAUUUAUAAAGUAAGAGGCUCGUGUAUCGCUUAACAACACGCCGCGUGCACUUGCUAAAAACUUCAUAACGUUUUAUCUUUACAAACUCGAGAACGUUCCCUGUUAGUAUAGAUACUUAACGAACGCGUACGAAGAGAGGAUAUUACGAGAGUUGUAUAAGUAACGACACGAGUCUAUAAUUUGUUGUAGAAUGACGUAUCCAAAGUGCUGAAUUGUUAAUGUUUUUCUCCUCGUACGGAAACGAAUUUAUUAAAUCGCUAUGAACUAUCUACCCGAAGAAUUUAUUUGAAAGUCAUACGUAUAGUGAACAGAGAAACACGAAAUAUUCGCCUUCCUAAGUACACUACGAAUGUAUUUAUUAUUACAUCCUCUAUAUGACUGUGAUGUUUCCAUUCCUUCUUAGUUCAUUAGAAAAACGAAUACAAGUCUGAAUAUAACGCGAAUAAAUCAUAGAGGGGUUCGUAACGUGAACAAUAGUUGAUCGAACGGUUACGAACCGCCGCUCAAAUUAAGCGAAGAACAAACGGAUUUACGAUUUGCUAUCGGAGCUUCGAUAUCUUCAAAGAAUCAAUUUAAACAAGCGGAGAAAGUACCGGCGCGAUACGAAUUUCGCUGGCGAGCGAAAUUAGCCGGUUUUAAUAAUGUAUGCACGUGUUCGAGUAUUGAAAUGUGUAAUCGUACGGAUGACUAUCAAAUCGAGAAGUAUAGUCAGACAGUAGAGGGAAGAGCAAUACCUAACUUUAAUAAUCGAUCGGGACAAUUACGACUACGCUGGUUAUUGCUGAAAAAGUUUGAAAUAAUUUUCUGAACACGGUUCGAAUACUAUAGGAAGGUGAUUCUAUCUGUUAUGAAGUAUAUAUGUAAAUUAGGCUCAUCUUGGCAAAUUAUUGAAACCAAAAGCUGAGUUGCUGAGAAGGAAUAUUUCGUUCUUAAGGAAGAAUCAUUUUAUUACGCUCUAGUUAUAUGAAUAUAUGAAUAACAAUCUGUGUAAUCUAACAGCAAGUGAUACACAAUUUUUAAUAUAUUUUGUGAUAUAUUUGCAUGAAUAAUUGGGAUAUUUUUAACAAACAAAGUAAUCGAGUUUUUCGUCGCUUGACCUAUUGAUUCUCAAUUCUGUCGCUGAUAAGCUACGUUCAAAACAACAAUGAACGACACUUAAACAAUAGUUAGAUUCUGUUUCGAACCGAAGCAAGAGCGAAUAGUUCAGGAAAUGUGCAAACAGUCGCGGUUUAAUGAAAAGACAACAGAGUAAGAAGUUGCAGCUCGGAGGCUGUUAAGAUAAAACACGAUACAUAAAACUUUCAUGCUCAAACUUCAUCCACUUCAGGUAUAAUCAAUAAAGACAAAUGUUCAACGACCAAUGCGAGAAAGAGGGAUGAAGGAGAGACAAUGGAGAAAUGCAUCGGCACAUCGCCAUGCCGAGGCAGAAAGUCAUUAUCGUCCAAGUUAACGAUAGUUUCGCGGUACUUCGCACAAAGGUCCGCCACUUUCCUGGAAAAUUAUUUCAAACUAUAAACCGGCCAAACUGUAAACCGAAAAUCAAGCUCGCUUCCUCGAGCUUCUCGCGUUUAAGCAUAGCCAGCAACAGAAGUGUAAUGUGGUUUUAUACAAUCAUUGUGACCGUCAAUCUCGAAGAUACGUCGAUCAAAUAUAAUAUCGUGUAACGAACAACAAAAGCAAAUAAACUAUAACGAGCGAACAAGGAGAAUACAAAGAUCAUCGUUGAUGUUCAAAAAUGUUAAAGCGCCAAGGAUACAUCGAAGGAAGAUAAAAUCGUUAAACUCUGGCGAGUUCGACAUUGCAUCGAUGUAUCCAAUGAUACAUAAGGAUAGGUAGCAAUACUGUCAUUGUGUAUGUUAGACUACUGUGGAUAUUUUUUAAUAGGUUUAUAAUGCGUUGACUACUUCUCCCGAGUUUCUAGUUGAUUUAUAAAGAAAGAAAGAGGUAAAAGAGAGGAGUAUGACUGUGGAUUACGAUUUGAACGUCUCUGUGCGCAUGAGAAAGUAAAAAAUGGACUGUACAAUGUAUAUGAGCAGUUAUCACUUACGUUUAUUGUUAUUUAUAUGUUGUCUAUGAAGAGAUGAAUACGGCAGAAACACUAUUAGGAAGUUGUACACCCGAAUUGGCACUAUGAAAUGCUUCUAUGUAACUACCACGUUGUAAAUAUUGUUAUAUUUAAUCCGUUCGAGUUGCUGUCAACAACAGUAUAUUGUCAAGCUGUUUCAUUCCGUACCGAUAAAGCUCGGUACGUGGCGGAAUUAAACGAGAACGAUAUAUGUCGUAGCAUUGGUGGUUCGAACCUGAGGUCUACUAAUUUUGCUGUUCCGUUUCAUGCACUCAAUCUCACGUCUACAUUGAUUUAGACAGCGAUAAACAGGCGAAUUCGUUCGUUUCGCGUUGCAGCUAAAGCCUUAAUUAAAACGACACUUAUCGAUUCUAUUAGGAGCUACGUAUUAAACGCAGAGAAUUUGAUAUACGUACGCGCUUCUAAACGUAGGCGAGAUUAUACUUUUGCGUCGUUCUAUAAAGUUAAUUUGCCACAAUAAAAAGAAAAAGAAAAAAAGAAAAUGCCUAGUUGAGUUUGCGAAGAUUAGUGCACUUGUAUGCAGUUAAAGGAGGAUCUAUGUGUACAAGAACGACUUAACUAGUUGAAUAGUUAUUAAAAUUUCAAUCUCUUGCGAUUUACGACUCAACGAGCGCUCCGUAAUUAGGCAGGAAGUUCAGGGGCGGCCUAGCAGCAAGUUCCUGAGUCCAAAGAAACAAAAGAGAAAUAAAAAAAUAAACUUUUAUCCUUACACACCGCAUAUUACUGGGACCUGUAAGUUAUCAAAGUUGCGCCUGGGGCGCUCCAAAACUUUGUCCUGCGGUUAAAACUGUUCAAAAGCAUCGUAGUCAUGCUCCGGACAAAGCGCGAUCAUUGAUCGGAGCAUCGACUAUGGUAUCCGCUAGUGGCGGAUGUAUUUUCUUAUUCUGUUUUGAGGCUCUUGCCGGAACAUCUCACGCAUAAGUUACUAAACUGUAAUGCAAUCAUCGUUACUGUCCUAAUAAACCUUAACAUAUGACUCUGUA